AUGCGACGAAGCCCACGGCUGCUGACGUUUGGCCCGCUUGGCCUCAUUGCACUGUGCCUAGUGGCACCCUGCUUCGUGGGCCUUGCCCCUCCACGCGUGGGCGGUGCACAUGCGUUCUCUGCCGCAGCUCCAGCGAUUCCACUGGUGGGAGCCGUGCUGGUCUUCUUCGGAUUUCAGGCCUUGAACACGGAGGCCAGCGAUGGUGCUUUGAAAGAGCUCUUGCAAAAAUACACCAAGAUCCAAAUCAUCAAUGACACCGAUUUGAGCGAUGUGGCAAGUGGUGUCACCCAUCGUCCAGUGCUGCGAGGGAAAACAGCCAAGGACGUGCAUUGGUAUGCUCGAAGUGAAAAGGAGCUGCCGCCGGUGAAGUGGUACAUUCGAGAUGAGUCUGUCCUUCGCCGCGUCUUGUUCGAGGGCGGCUUGGGACUGGGUGAGUCGUACAUGGAUGGCCACUGGGACAGCGAUGACGUGGAGCGCUUGGUCUACGAACUGCUUCGGAUUGAAGAUCAAACCAAGGAGUUGGGCGCCAGAGAGCUUCCACUGAUUGCGAAUAUCAUUUUGGGAGCUCUCAGAGGCAAGCUUCUGGAGUUGCCGGGGAACACCGUGCAGGGCGCGCAGGAGAACAUUGGCCGGACCUACGAUGUGGACACCAUCAAGAUCUACGAGCAGAUGCUGGAUAGCAACAUGCAGUAUUCCGUGGGCUACUUCUACCAGCCGGACAUGACCUUAGAUGACGCCCAGCUGGCCAAGAUGGAGCUCAUUGGGAAGAAGUUGGCCUUGAAGCCAGGCAUGAAGCUUUUGGAAAUUGGGUUCGGCUUUGGGAGCUUGGCGCAUUUCUUGGCGACCAAGUAUGAUGUUCACAUCACGGCAGUGACCCUGUCCAAGGCCCAAAUGGAGUGGGCGAAGGAACACUAUGGUCAUCCAAACAUUGACUUCCAGUAUGCCGACUACCGCGAUGCCCCAGAAGGUCAAUACGACCGUGUUUACUCCGUGGGCAUGUUCGAACACGUUGGCCGGAAGUCUUUCGCCACAUACUUCGACAAAGUGUAUAACUGCUUAAAGGAUGACGGCAUUUUUUUUGUUGCACACUCUGGGCUGGGCCAAGCGUGGCGAGUGGAAUCACAAUGCCUUUGUGGGAAAAUACAUUUUCCCGGGUGGGGAGCUCCCAACCCUGUACUUGUUGACCGAAGAGUUUUCGGACCAGUGGCAUCUCGAGGACUUCCAGAGUCUGGGGAAGUGCUACGUCCAGACCCUUCGGAGCUGGCUGAACAACUUGAAGACCUGGGAGGGCAUGGAUGA